AUGGCAUUUUGGAUAUCAGGAACAAUAUUUAAGUUAAUUCCUUGCCUUUUAUUAACCUUGUUAGUUUGGCUGCUAAAGAGGAUUUUGGAUGACGUGAAGGAAAAAAGGAAACGUCUCAUUCAAGGGACUAAUUCAAGCACGAAAAUGCGGUUCGUUUCGCUAUUACUUUCACUUCUCUACUACUUUUAUUUUAGUGGAUCAGUAACAGAUUGUCGAAAUGAAAGAACUGACCGAACAACGAGAAUGCUUCUAAUUAUUGUAGUUGUAUUUCUUAUAACAGAAAUGCCUCAGGGUGUGAUGGCAGUGUUAUCUGGAAUGUUUUCAGAAGAAUUUCGCCGACAUAUUUAUAAUAAUCUAGGCGAUAUUCUCGAUUUAUUAUCGUUAUGCAAUGCUUGUACUACUUUUAUAAUCUACUGUUCAAUGAGCACUCAAUUCAGAAAUGUAAGCGAUGACUCCUGUGAUUUCCGAAAAUUUCUAAAAAAAUAUUUUACAUAUUGUUAUUAUUACAUUUCUAUUCAUCCUUCAGAAAGUUGA